UUUUUUUUUUUUUUGGUGGGAAUGGCGACCAGAUUCAUAAAGGGAAAUUGGCAAAGGUCUAGCAAAAGAAAGUGAAGAUGGGUGUGAAAGAGAAACCUUUAUCGAGGAAACGCAGUAGAGACAACGAAUCGUCAAAUAGGGAAGAUCCUGUGGUCACUUCUUCCACUGUUAUGCCUGCCCUUCAACAUCCUACUUCUCCCACAUCAUCAUUGGAGAUGAUUACCCCUACUAAUGAGGUGGCCCAAAGGAGAGGACAAGAUAAGGCAAUGGUUGGAACUUUUUGGGAUGAGGCCGAUUGUGCUAUUGCGAAGGCCCACGAUGCCAUUUCUGUUAAGGAUUUGAAACCACUGACGACCAAACCUUUGAAUGAAUUGAUGUAUUCUCAUAUUCAUAAGAUUAUGCAGGUGUUGGGUGAAUCUCUGCAUAUCUCGGGGAAAUAUUUGGACUAUGAGGAGAAGUUCGCAGUGGCUCAGUCCAAGGUAGACUCACUUUCUUCUGAAAAAUGAAGUGCUGAAGGCAAAGGUCACAUCCCUUUCUAACGAGGUGGACAAAGCUCAGGAUCGUCUGAAAACAUUGGAGAGAGACGUGAACACUGAGAAGGCUUUCUCCAAAUUGAAGGAUAAGUAGAUUGAUGAUGCCUUGCUCAAAAUUCAGAAAGCUGGUCCUGAAGCAGUGGAGAAGCUCAAGAAGUCUGACGAAUAUUCAAACAAGCAAUGCGAUUACUAUGUGGAUGGUUUUGAACUUUUCUGCAAGUAUAUGGCCAAGCAUCAUCCAAACUUGGACUUCUCUACACUAGACAUGAAGGCAGUUAAGAUGGAGAUUUUGGAAGAUCGCCCUUCAAAUGACACGGAAGCUGAUACUGCUGAAGAUGUGAUCGGAGAUGAUACAACCGUUACUGCCGAAGUCCCAAUGGAUCCGUCUCCUUCUAAUCUAUUUGAAAUGCUUUUACUUCUGACUUUGAAAAGAACAAUUUCUUAGGCUCGUUUGUUUUGAGCAAGUUUACAUUUCUUGCUUUUUUUAAAACAAUGUCUUGGGCUUGUUUGUUUUGAGCACGUCUAUUUUAACAAUUUUUGCUUCAUGUUUGAAUGCUUCGUUGUUUGACAUCAUUUCUCUUAGUUUUUCUUUUUUGAAUAUGACUUGUCAGGAAUUUUGGUGGUCAUGUUUAGACUAUGAGGAGAAGUUCGCGAUGGCUCAGUCCAAGGCAAACUCACUUUCUUCUGAAAAUGAAGUACUGAAGGCAAAUGUCACAUCCCUUUCUAACAAGGUGGAGAAAGCUUAGGAUCGCCUGAAAACUUUGGAGAGAGACGUGAACACCAAGAAGGCUUUCUCCAAAUUGAAGGAUAAGUAGAUCGACAAUGCCUUUCUCAAAAUUCAGAAAGCCAGUUCUGAAGCGGUGGAUAAGUUCAAGAAGUUUGACGAGUAUUCAAACAAGCUGUGAUAUUACUGUGUGGAUGGUUUUGAACUUUUCUGCAAAUAUAUGGCCAAGCAUCAUCCAGACCUGGACUUCGCUACACUCGACAUGAAGGCAGUUGAGAAGGAGAUUUUGGAAGAUCGUCCUUCAAAUGACAUGGAAGCUGAUACUACUAAAGAUUUGAUUGGAGACGAUACAGCUGUUACUGCCGAAGUCCCAAUGGAUCCGUCUCCUUCUAAUCCUAUUUGAAAUGCUUUUACUUCUAACUUUGAAAAGAAAAAUUUCUUGGGCUCGUUUGUUUUGAGCAAGUUUACAUUUCCUACUUUUUUUUAAAACAAUCUCUUGGGCUCGUUUGUUUUGAGCACGUUUGUUCUAACAAUUUUUGCUUCAUGUUUGAAUACUUCGUUGUUUGACAUCAUUUCUUUUUGAAUAUGACUUGUCAGCAAUUUUGGUGGUCAUGUUUGGACUAUGAGGAGAAGUUCGCGAUGGCUCAGUCCAAGGAAAACUCAAUUUCUUCUGAAAAUGAAGUGCUGAAGGCAAAUGUCACAUCCCUUUCUAACAAGGUGGAUAAAGCUCUCAGGAUCGCCUGAAAACUUUGGAGAGAGACGUGAACACCAGGAAGGCUUUCCCCAAAUUGAAGGAUAAGUAGAUCGACGAUGCCUUGCUCAAAAUUUAGAAAGUCGGUCCUGAAGCGAUGGAGAAGUUUAAGAAGUCUUACGAGUAUUCAAACAAGCUAUGCGAUUACUAUGUGGAUGGUUUUGAACUUUUCUACAAAUAUAUGGCCAAGAAUCAUCCAGACCUGGACUUCUUUGCACUAGACAUGAAGGCAGUUGAAAAGGAGAUUAUGGAAGAUCGUCCUUCAAAUGAUGCGGAAGCUGAUACUGCUGAAGAUGUUUCUCUCCUCAUGCUAUGGAGUUCACUUUCCAUCUUGGAUGAAUUUUCUUCUAAUGCCCUUGUUCUUCUGUUAAUCUGACUGUCUGACUCCUCUUCAUUAUUAUUCCCUUCAAUUCUUUGAGGUUGUUCUUCUUUAUUCUAAAUUUUUGGUAUUCUACUGCCAUUUCUCGUUUUGGGAUUCAGCUGCUCUUCACAGUUCUUCAUUUAUAGCAAGUCAACUUUGCUACAUUGGUUGUGAGAGCCUAAAUCUGUUGUGCUGCUUGCUUUGGGUCAUUCUUGCACUAUGAAGAUCUCUUUUGUCAAUUAGGGAAAUGGCUUAAAUGAUCAAUGUUCCCCACAAAUGGCAUCAAAUUGAUGAUUCAGAAAAUCAACAGUUGAGUUCUUCAUCUAUGUGGAUGGAAAAUGGCAAUAGAUUCGUCCAGGGACAAACCUGCAAUAAGAUUUGAAGUAGAGAAAAAGAAAUACACUGGUGUGGUGUUUGCUAAAAACACUCUAAUGAUUAGGUUAGAAAUGAAUUCAAUUGAAGCAUAUUGCAAGAGAAUACAACUUGGGAGUAGUUUUUGGGGUAAUAAUUGUGUGUACCUUUUGGUCCUUUUCUUCUUUUGCUUUAUAGCCAUUUUGUCUUUAAUGAGUAAUGGAUCUCUGCAUUCAUUCUCAUUUGUAACAAUUAAUACGUUACAAGCUGAUGCUUUGAUUUAUAUAACGUCUUCUUUUGCGUUGCUCUGUCGGUUAUUCUUUAGCAUAA